GUCAUCAAUUAUGAUUUGCCAAACAAUCGUGAGCUGUACAUUCAUCGUAUCGGUCGAUCUGGUCGUUUCGGAAGAAAGGGUGUGGCAAUUAAUUUCGUCAAGCACGAUGAUGUUCGUAUACUUCGAGAUAUUGAACAGUAUUACUCGACCCAGAUUGACGAAAUGCCGAUGAAUAUCGCCGACAUGAUUUGA